UGCGUGCUAAUCUUCUCUGUAUGUCGCACAAGCUUCCAGCCUUCUACGCAGCCGCUAUGUUAGGCGCGCUACUUGUUUUGGCCUCCUGUUAGUAGUUGGGUUAUUCUCUUUGCACCUCGGCGCCUUGUGGGUUAAUUCAAUUAGUCAAUUAGUUAACGACUUCGUUCCAGCGUGGUUUCCCGCCGUUUUGUCCGCAGGUCGCUGAGCUAUUCCCCCCCCCCAGUGCUUGCUGCGCGGCGGGGGACGCCAGCGACUGUACGACUUCUUUAGAGCGCAUGCAGUACCCUAAUGGAGUUCCCGCUUUUUCUCUGAUAAUAAUUGGUCGUUCCCGCCUUUUCUCCGAUGACUAGUCGCACCGGCUUUGUCCAUAAUUGGUGGUCCCCGCUUUUUCUCUGAUCGUCAGUCGUCUCCGCGUUCUCUCUGAUGAUCGGACUUCGCCGUCGUGUAAUUCAAUUGACGUCAAGUGGCUGUAGAACUAGUUAAGCAAUGCCACGUCAGCAGACACGUGCCCCCCCUUGAUUGCACACCGAUGCGGUAGUAGUCGUCGCCUAACGCGCGCUUUUUUUCCGCAAUUCUUUCACUCGUUUUUCACCUUCUUACAUCGAUUCCCACUAAUCGAAUCGCUGAUAAAUCGAAUUGAAUCGAAUCGAAAAUCAAAUCAAAUCAAAUCGAAUCAAAUCGCUAAUCGGAUCGAAUCCAAUCAAAUCGACGGCUGAGAUCAAUCGCAGCGGCGGCGGCAAUCAUGGUGAAGCGCGCCGUGCUCGUGGGUUGCAAUUAUGCGAAUACCAAUGCGGCGUUGAAUGGCUGCAUCAAUGACGUGUCCAUCAUCUAUCAGAUUUUGACAGAGAGGUAUGGCUUCUCUGCUGAUGACAUCACCAUCUUGAUCGAUUCGCGUAAUCCUCUUCCUACGGGGAAGAAUAUCAAGGCCGCGCUCUUGCGGAUGGUAAAGAGUGCAGUGCCCGGCGAUGUCUUGUUCUUCCACUUUUCCGGACACGGUGUCCAGGUUCCUUCGGAGGAUCCGAAAUGGAUUGAGAAGGACGGCAAGGACGAAUGCAUAGUGCCUUGCGAUUUCAAUCUGAUCGUCGAUCACGAUUUGAAAACAAUCAUCAAUCAAGUGCCGCAGGGCGCGCGCUUCACAAUGAUUUCCGAUUGCUGUCACAGUGGGACUAUGCUUGAUGGGGAAAACGUGGAGAUAGAGGGGCCGAAGGAGGACAAGCGCCCGGGACUGAUCUCCAUGCUGAUUUCGGCGGCAGUUGGGCAAGGGAGGAAUUUUGACCUCGAGGCGGACGACCUCGUGGUGGAGAACCGGUCGCUGCCGCUGCAUGUGCUGGAAGAUGUCCUUCGACAAAAGACCGGUCACGAUGUAAAUAGAGGCGGGAACAUCCACGCGUCGCUCGCCGAGCUCUUUGGCAAAGAUGCAUCCAAAACUUCUCGGAAGAUUCGGCGAAUCUUCACUAGGAUUGACUCUAAACUGAGCGAGAAAUUUGGCAAGCUGUUCUCUGGCGGCGAUGGCAAGAAGACGAAGCGAAGAGGACUCUUUGGCUCUGCUCUUGGAUUCGUUCAAGAUGCGUUCUCCGGUGACAGCAACACGAGUGCGCCUCCUCCUCCUUCUUCGUGUGCUUCUGGCUAUGGCGGUCCCGCCGACGAGGAGAGUUAUUAUGCGCACGGCUAUUUUGACGCUGCUGCUGACGCGGUGGAAGGUCAUGACGACGACGACGACGAUGAUGAUGAUGACGAUGCGGCGAAGCCACAGGUCCCCAUCGAGGUCCCGGUCCUCGUCACUGGAUGCCAGUCGCACGAGACAUCGGCCGACGCGUGUCCUAGCGGCGACAAGUCGAAAGCUUUUGGCGCGCUUACAAAUGCCAUUUCCAACGUCCUUGCUGCCUACCCCAACGGCCUUUCCAAUCGGGAUCUCGUCAUGAAUGUUCGAGAGCUUCUCAAGAGUCAGCGGUUCCCUCAAAACCCUUGUCUGGAGUGCGCGUCGCCAAAUGCGCAUGUUCCGUUUAUUUGCUAGCCCGGGGUUCGGUUUUCGCGGCCAUGAAAUCUUGUUGGCAUUUGUGAGGGCCGAACUCAAUUUCACUGGGUGAGUGAGACAUACUGCUUGCCUCUGUGUUCUUAUUCUUAUUUUUUUCUUCUUCUUCUUCUUCUUCUUUUUCUUCUUCUUCUGGACGUGGGAGUAUGGUUUGCCCAUUGAUAAGUUCCCCUGGUGCUCAGCGAGGAGACACGUCGGGGAUGGUGCGCGGUUGAUUAGCAGAAAUCUCUCUGCAGGUGCUGAGUUAAUUACUUUUGAUGUAUAUAGCCGCUCAAGUGAGAGGUAAUGCGUAUCUAUGGAUGCGUGUACGAGAAGCAGUCUAUGGCCACUGUUGAUUCACCAUUCGUCUUCUUCUUCUUCUUUCUAAUGCUGUCGUUGUUGCUGCUGCUGCUACUACUACUUCACCGCCGCCGCCGCCGCCGACGACGACGACGACGACUGUUCUGCUCUUUCAUCCUCCUCCUCCUCAUUAUCAUCAUAGAAGAUUCAUAAUCACCAUGAUCUUGUUCGUCCUCUUCGGUAUUUUCUCGACUGUUGUGCUCUUUCUUCAUCCUCAUCAUCCUCCUCUUCCUCUUCUUCCUCCUCCUCAUUAUCAUCAUAGAAGAUUCAUAGUCACCAUCUUGUUCGUCCUCAUCGGUAUUUUCUCGACGACUGUUGUGCUCUUUCUUCAUCCUCCUCCUCCUCCUCUUCCUCUUCUUCCGCCUCCUCCUCAUUAUCAUCGUAGAAGGAUCAUAAUCACCAUCUUGUUCGUCCUCAUCGGUGUUUUCUCGAGACUGUUGUGCUCUUUCUUCAUCAUCCUCCUCCUCCUCCUCUUCCUCUUCUUCCUCCUCCUCCUCGUUGUGUUGUGCUCUUUCUUCAUCCUCAUCCUCCUCUUCCUCUUCUUCCUCCUCCUCCUCGUUAUCAUCAUAGAAGAUUCAUAAUCACCAUCUUGUUCGUCCUCAUCGGUAUUUUCUCGUCUUGGUCUUUUUUUCGUUUCUCGAUUAUCGACUCGCUCGUGUGAUCUUCUUCGGGUGAGGAAAUCUGAUUAUUGCCGAAGUUCGACUCCUGUUAACAGGAGUGCAAGAUGCGGUAAUGAAUGCCAGAUGGUUGGUGGCUUUUUUUCUCCGCCUUAUCUAUUUUGUCGUCUUUUGUCAUAUCUCGAGGACUAGAACUGUGAACUCUUUUCUCUUUCCUUAUAUUAUAAUUCAACGUCCAUCAGGAUUCGAACUUGGGUCUGUAAUUCGAAAACAGUUAAUGGAAAAAAAAAACAAAAAAAAAAACAGUUAAUGGGUGUGCUAACUGGGCUAGGCUCGUUGGUACUGUGAACUUCUUUUGGUCUUUUUUUUUCUGUUUUUAUUUUUAUUUUUUUAAUUUUAUUGAGGAUCAGAUAUUAAACUGAUCAUAAGUUAUUCGGGCGUCGCUUUUGUCGCUGAGCGUGGAUUGUAGAGGUAAGACCGUGCAAAAUGGUAUCGACGAUUUUUCUCUAUGAAAAUUUUUUAAUUUUCAAUAACUUUGUCAACCGGUUUAUUACUGUUCAGUGUUCAGUUUAUGGCCAUGUUUUUUAUUCAGUCUAGUUAUCGGUAUGCUGGCACCGUUGGCUAAGAUUUCGCCUUUGGUCCUCGCUGCACUAGUUAAUUACCGAAUGUAAUAAGAAUGAAUCUUCCGCUAGAAC